UGACUGCGACAAACCCGGAAACGAAAUCCUUCAACUGCGACGGGAGCUCUCUUAAUACAUUCAUGGGUAAGUAAGCAGCCAGUACCUUCUCGGUCGUCUUAACAGUGUAAUGAAAACAAGACGUGACUCUUGAAAUGCCAUCAAGACGACGUUUAUGCAAAUAAUUCAGCCUCAGUUAUACAAAUGCGCCAGGAGACGCUGGAGUCUGGCUCCGUCGUCAGGUGGACUAUGCACUGUAGCAGCCACAUCUGUGUUUUCCUCCUGGCUUUGUACACCUGUGGAUGUCUCCCACAUGUGUCUGCUUACAAACAAGAACCAGAGACUCCAGACUGGAGGUUGACUCUGAAAACUAUUCGUAACGGAAUACACAAAAUCGACACGUAUCUUAAUGCAGCGCUGGACUUGUUUGGGGGCGAUGACGGGCUGUGUCAUUAUAAGUGUAGUGAUGGUUACAAGCCGGUGCCUCGUCCCGGGUACAAGCAGCCGCCACCCAAUGGGUGUGGCUCCCCACUGUUUGGAUUUCAGUUUGACAUAGGCAUCCCGUCCAUGACCAAAUGCUGUAACCAACAUGACCGCUGCUAUGACACUUGUGGACGUGAGAAGCACGACUGUGAUGAGGAGUUCCAGGACUGUCUCGAGACCAUCUGCAGGAAUGUGCAAAAGACUCUGGGAUUGGCCUACAGUGUCCAAGCAUGUGAGUCAGCGGUGACUCUGCUCUUCGACGCUGUCAUGCACUUGGGAUGUAAGCCGUACCUGGACAGCCAGCGAGACUCCUGUGUGUGUCAGUAUGAACUUAAGAGGGAACUGUGACACCCACCUCCACAGGAAGCGAAAUUGUGGACUGCACUAAUUUAAAAGCACAACUGACAAACGGACGCCAGCAAUAAACUCCUUGGUUCAGUCUUGUAGAUUUUCUCAGGAAUAGAGCUUGUUUGACACUGAUCUGUGCUGCUCAUCUCGCAUUUAUUGACAUUUUGAACUGUAUCCAUCUGUUAGACAAAGUGAAUGUGUGAAUUUGUUAAUAUUUUUUGAUGUGUUUGUGGAGGAGAGGAAACAGGGUGUUCAGAUUUUGCAUACAUGGACAGGAUCCAGUCUGUGAUGCUUUGAUUUAUGAGUGUAAAUUCCUAAUCAUUUUCCUGAACGUUUCCUUGUGAAGAACUUUGUACUACAAGUCAGCUGAAAGAGAAAGCAUGGCAUUUCCAACACUACAAUUACUAAUACAAAUAAAAAUACGUUAGGCUGAAAUGAAGUUUCCCUUCCAAGGAAGUUCCCCCGAGAAUCAGAGAAACUCCACUAACUCAUCACAACUAACAAAAGGACCUUUGCCUUUAUUUUCCCUUAAUUAGCAGCAAAUUACAGUCUUUCCAGGAAAUAAUUGGGAAAUUUUGAACAGUAAAGCCAAAAAUUACUACCCUGUGUCUAUAUAUGUGAAAAAUCAAUAAGCAAGUAAAUACUGUCUGUUUCUACAGCACCUGAUGCAGGUCUUGGUUUUGUAAAUCCUUAAUUUAAAAAAAUGUAUUGGUAUACUCAAGUGAUACAAAUGUGAUAAGAAUGUGGAGAAAAUCUGUAUUGAAAUGUCAUUAAAAAUAAACAUGGAUUUAUUGGUA